UGUCCAUCAACAGUGCAUCGUAAAAACAGUCUUUGCUGAGCGGGAAAGCUACGAGCAAAAAAAUUGCAGUGGGUCAUCCUUGCAAAUCCAUUUUAAUCAUACUGAAUAAUGAGUGACGAACUUAAUGACUCGGGUUGCGUGGACAAAAGCCGGAACGACAGCGUCAGCGAACACGAAGAUGAGCGUUCACACAGUCCAGACAUUCACUUUGAGCCGGUCAUGAAGUUACCAUUGAUAGAUGUGAAAACGCUGGAAGAAGAUGAGGAGGUCCUGGUCAAGCUGCGGGGCAAACUCUACAGGUACGUCACAGCGCCCGACGAGGCUCCAGAGUGGAAGGAGCGGGGUACAGGAGAGGUGAAGAUCCUCUGCAACAAGUCUGGCCACUGCCGCAUUCUCAUGCGCCGUGACAAGACCUUCAAAGUCUGUGCCAACCACUAUGUGCACCCGGGCAUGGAGCUAAAGCCAAGCCAUGGCAGUGACAAAGCGUGGGUCUGGAGCACCGUAGCCGACUUUGCGGACGAGGAGCCGAAGCCAGAGCUGCUAGCACUUCGGUUUGGAAGUGUGGAGAAUGCCCAAAAGUUCAAGGAAAAAUUUGAAGAAGCCAAGAGAAUGCAAAUUGAGCUGCUCAAAGAAGGCAAAGAAGCCGCCCCUGAAUCCGAAGUGCCCACCAAGGAACUAGAGUCGCUGGCCAUCAAAGAGGAGGCAAAGGAGGACAAAGCGGGCGACAGCAGCGUCGCUGCAGAAUCUGAAAAGAGCCCUUCCGGAGACUCGGCGGAUGCGUCCAAGAAGUGAACGAAAAGGCCCGAUGCACUUUUAGCCUGCUGUGUACUGCUGGUCAAUCGACUGUUGCCUUUUUCGCAUCGCAGGGACCAUGUCUCGCUCUCGGCUGAGGCAAGUCAGUCCUCGGGUCUCGAGGAGCUUGUCCUCAGAUAGGCUGGUUUUUCUAGGCGCGAAAACGCCCUAACUGUGGUGGGGUGUAAGUGGCCUCUUUUUCCCUUUUUGUGCAUUGCCAGAGAGUUCCUACCUUGUAGAGGAAGUUUGUAAAGCUCGUGAUGUUUGAAAUGGAGAGGACUAAAGCAGAUGUCUGCUGCUGCACUUGGGACUCUACUAAGUCGCCUGCCUGGCAUGGUGGUGAUGGUGUCAUGUGACUACACACGAAAGUACUUGACGUAUUGAUUGUUGUUACCUUUCUCGUGAUUGAUUCGCUGGCUGUGAGCUGGUGUUAUUGUCGAAAAGCGUUCUUAUUUUAGCACUUUUGUUCACGCAAUGGUGGGAAUUCUUCCUCCGCGAGAGGUGUUACAGUCAAACCCGAUAUAUCAAACUCAAAGUUGAUCGCGAGAUAGUUAGAUAUAUAGAUAAUUCGAGAUGUAAAAUACGCUUAUCUGAAAACUUCAUACGCCUCGGACAGUAUCCCGCGAACAUGAAAAAUGGGAAGUUGCCUACCCCAUGCCCUAAGCCUCUCUGUGAAAAGAUCGAGUGCCAUCAGUUUCUUUUAGAGCAUGACUGUCGGACUGGGAGGCCUUUUUUGCAUUCAUGACGCAGCACGACAGUUAGUCCUUCUCGCUAUCGGUACGCUUCACCAUAUUACACGGCUGCGAUGCAGCGAAGCUAAAGCAAUUUCUGCGUUGUGGACCGCAAAUAAGGCCUGUGCUGCAUGAGCCCUCUGUAUUUUGUGACGUGCACUUUGCUUGUUUUUCCUCCGUGGCAUGUACUGGCCUUCGUAUUCAACGCUUUGACAUCAACUGCCAAAAAUAUCCAGUUUCGCCAGCGUGACUAUUUCCGAUGAUGCGAGAAGUGAUCACAGUCUCGUAAGUAGCGCACUUGCAGGGGCGCACCAAAGUGACGGGGGGGCCACUGUUCAGUAUGUCUAAUGUGGUGUAGUUCGAUAUGUAGAUAGUACAAUGCUAUACUUUUGCGUGGCAUUUCCGAGGAUAUAUUACAACUGUUUGAUAUAAACAAUGAUUUAAUAUACAUGGGUCUGGUAUGUCCAAGUUUAACUGUACUACAGUGGAAUGCUGUUGAAACGUUCCUCACUGUUGCAUUUUCCCGGCCUGUAUCUAAAGUCCAUUGACUCUUAUGUAUCGGGUUUCCAUUCGAUAUGCCGCCUUUCUGUAACGUUCCUGCAUCUUGCAUUAUACUUGAAUGUGGUGAUCUUAUAAAUGUAGCAAUGUAGUGGCAAAUAUGGAAGUUCAGAAUGCCACAAGUAUGCGCUCAUCAAUCCCAAUAAGCAUGUUGCAACACAGUGCGGUUGUUGCCCGCUCUCUAAAAUCGGCUUCGCCGCAAUACAGCAGUGUUUGCGGCGAAGCUUAUUAAAAGUGAGAUGCAGCCUUUAUCACGGAGGCACCCCCAAAGGGGGCAUGACACCAAAUUUUCUAUCAUAAUCUGUACUGUGUGAGGUAAUCUUUGUGCGUUCAAAAGAACACGGCAAAAUUCUUGUUCAUUUGAGCCAGCACAUAAUUUGCGAUUGAAGUUCUUAUAUUACACUCGAACGGCGCAGCAGUUGUGUUACACUGGCACGCUCGCAAGCCGUGGCAUCACAAGUGGCAUGCUUGCCAAGCAAUAAUGUAUGUUCUGGUGAAGAAUCGGUGUUUCACCUGUGCACAUGCGUGAAACUUCUGCUUUGUUCAGCUUGCCAUUGUAAUUGUUCAACUUGCAGCAGCUGAAACAAUGCCACCGCGGCGCCCAUGUAGCGCUGUGGGGUGCCAGAGCAAACAAAGCAAGGAGUGCUCCGUAUCGUACUUCCCCAAGGAGCCCGUCAAGCACAAGGCCUGGGAGAUGAAUGUGUCACGAAGGACUGGCACUCGUGACGGUUUUGUUUUGUUUUUGGAACACUUUAUGCCAGACAGCUACAAUGAUGAUUUGUGCCUGCUCACUGAGCUUGGGAUACACGUGAAAAAGCUGAGGCUGUGGCCAGACGCGAUGUUGACCGUGUGUGCGCACCAACCCAUCCAGCAGGCAGUGCCCCAGCCCCUUGCUAGUAUUCCCCCCCCCCCCCCCCCUUUUUUUUUUUUAACCAAUGUCAGGUGUAAUAAAGUAAGUUUAAGUAAAGGUUCACUUAAAGCUUGCAUCAUGCAAAGUCCUUGCUGUGCGGACAUGUGUGCGAGCAGUUGUUUAGAUGUGCCACACGCAGCUACAGAUGGAAAAAGAAUGGGUGGGAACGCGCGGCAGCUUAAGAAAAUCGUGGUUUUGUUGCGUACGGAUCCAAGAAACACACAUGCAUGGAAUGCAUGCCAGUAAACAAUCUACGCACGUCAUAAUUUGAAUUGCGUGAAGCAGUACCAGACUUCGUCUCCCGUGAAUGGCCAGCUAAGCAGUGCUACAUGCGUGAAGUAGCAACAGUGCAGAAAGGCAUCAGCAGCAUUUCGCACAAUACCAAUGUCUCCAUCUGUGUUGACCACAUUCACCAUGCUGUCUUCGUCCAUGGCCUCCAAGAUUCAUUGCUUGCUUCACCACGCGGAGUUGGCGGUGUAUGGCACGCAAUUUCUGGAGGCAAUGUGGUAGCUACACUCUGACCUCCCGUGGUGUGGUGGCCGAUUUUGUAGCAGACGAUGACUCAAUUCCAUGCAGCACGUGAUGUCACACUAAGCUUGGCGAUAUGACGGUGGGUGCCGAAAGGUGGGGCUUGGAGCUGGCGACUUCUAGCUAGUAUUUUGGACAAAAAUGUGCUCUUACUGCCCAGUUAGAUGUGUAUAGCCAUGUUCGACCGUCUAGUACACUUUAAACCGCAAAUUGUUGGGUGACCGUGUCGUGCCCCCUUUAGUUAUACAUGCGCACGGAGCUGUUUGUGAUGUUGCUAUGGAGAUUUGUGGCUUUUCUUCCUUUUUUAUUUCCUGGAUGUUACCUUUUCUUUUUCUCGCAGUUCCUUGAAGAUAGUAGUAACGGGGUUCUACGGUAUACUUGUGGCGCCAUUGUUAACGUGUGGCAGCCGAGAGAUGUGCGUCUAGUUCUUAUCGAGUGAGAAAGCGAAUCACCACUGCUCUCAUAUCCAGGCACAUUCAAUUGAUUGUGUUGCAAUUUUCUAUGGUUUGAGCCAGGCAUUGAGACUCAACUUUGUCUUUCUUCACAUUGCGAUUCCACAGUGGAUGCUGAAAUGCUUUUCGUUCUGCUUAUUGAGUGCGCAUAGUAGCCCAAGCGGUAUUGUCUAGCUUUAUGUAUAUUUGUGUUAGUAGCAUAUUUGGCGUAUAUUUGUGUUAGUAGCAUAAUUUGGCACAUAUGCAAAUAUUGGGUUCUUGUAGCAGAAGACUUGCGUGUUUUGUGGGCAGAUUCAGCGGCACUCUUUAUGUUAACGCGACAUUAUCGAUCUAAAGAGAUUUUGCUGUUGGCAAGUAAUGGUAAGUGAGAACAACGUGGCAUGCCUCAGUUUAUAACCAUUUGUAAUCACAUUGGGUUAGUGAUGGCAACUGUUAUAAGGGUCUCAUUAUAUAUUUAAAAGUGUGCUACAUACUGUAAAUGCAUGUUCUUGCUAUGACUUUAAGGGUUGAUGCUCUUAUUAUAUACCACGAAAUGGCCAACAGCUCGCUUCCUUUUUUCAUUGUCAUUUUGUCCACCGAGCACCAUCACCGGAUGUUUAUCACUGUGUCAUUGUGCGUGUGUGCGCUGGUUGUGUUGUACAUGCUGAUGGGAGUGACUGCGUAGUAGUGUUGGCUGACAUGUUUGCGACUGUGGUUUAACACAUCCAUCACGUGAUGCGAGGACUCUGGCAGACGAAAGAAUAAGCAUCAAAAUAGGCUGGGGUUUGGCGACACAGACUCGGCAGAGCUGUUUGUUGUGCUUUCAGGCCAGGACAAUGGCUUAUUCAGUCAUUUCUUCACUGUAUAUACUGCGGCAUGUGUGUAGUUCUUGCUGAACACCUCAUGUACUUGGCAAGCAUCUAUUAAAUGGUCUUCGGAUUUGUC